AAAAAAUCCAAUAUUCCACUUCCUUCUAAAAUUUGCACCUCUCUGUUGGAAUUGGCGCAUCGUUGAGUGUUUACCUUCCCAGACAUUCUCCAUCCCAAACCCUUCUUGGGUUUUCUUCUUCAUCCACCAUGCUAGAUUCUCAAAUUCCUUCAUACAAAACCAUAAUCAAAUGCAUUAUACGGACUAGCACUUUGUAAUCAUGCAUUGGUGGCGAGGCAUGAAAUCACAUGCGGACGACAGCCUGGUCGAUGGCGGGGGCGGGAGAUCCCCGUUGAAAACGAGCUUGUUUUUGCGGCAUAACCGUGCUGGAAAGCUGCAGAAUUUGAAUGAUAAUGAUGAGAAUUCUCCGGCAAGGUCUUCAUUCGUACCAAUGGUAGCAGCUCAGCCGAGCCCUCAGCCUCAGCCUCAGCCGCAGCCGCAGCCACUGCCUCUGCCUGAAUUUCGAGAUUUUAUAGAGCGCGACGCAAAAUUUGAUUCCUCUCAUCAAUCCUAUAAUGUGCCCUUACCAUCGCCUAAGGAAGCAUAUAAUAUUGUUCAUGGAGGAGAUUAUGAAAAAAGGAAUGGAGAAAGAGAAAGAGAAGAGAAAGAGAGAGCGCCAGUCAAUUGAAUGCCUACACUAUUGAUGGACUCAACGUGCCUCAGAGCAGAUUAGCAGGCAAACAUGUUAGAAGGAAUUCAGAAAAUUGCGAAUCAUGGUCGUCUAACAAAUCAACUAUGACGCAAAAUGGCAUGGAAAUGUCCUCUGAUAUCUACAAAAUUAGUUUUCCUAUUAGUGCUCCAACCAGUCCUUAUUCGUAUCCUCAUCUGAGCCCUCCAAGAAGCUCAGGUGAUUUCUUGGUAACUCAUUACACCACUCCCCCAGGUUCUUUCCAAGUUUGGUCUGCACCAGAGAUGCCUCGUUUAGAUACACAUCUCGGUACAACGUUAUCAUAUCAAUUGCCUCCUGAGAGAACUUCAUCAAAUGUUGUUAAUUCUCCUCUCCACAGUCUAUCUUACAAGCUAGCAAUAAGCCCUAAUAAGCCUGCAACACCAUUGUAUAACAAAAUAUCACCAGAGACAUCAUCGGCAUGGCGUGAAAGUAAUGCUCAGGCUAAUUUACAUCCCUUGCCUCUUCCUCCAGGAGGGACUCCUAGUUUUCCUGUUGCAGCUAAACCUGAAUUUCAUGAAACUUCCAUUCCUUCAUAUCCCAUUCCAGUCUCCCCACUCACAGCUAAACCUGAGUUUCAUGUAACUUCCAUGCCUUCACAAACUGCUUCAAUUCCCCCUGUGGCAGCUAUACCUGAAUCUUCGGGAGCUUCCAUGCCUUCACAUCCCACUCCAAUGUUCCCACUCACAGCUAAACCUGAAUUUUCAGCAGCUGCCAUGCCUUUGCAGCCUACUUCAAUUUCCUCGGUCUCAGCUAAACCUGAAUUGACACUGAUUAAAGGGCAAUGGCAAAAAGGAAAGCUUAUUGGGCGCGGGACAUUUGGGAGUGUGUAUAUGGCUUCCAACAGAGUAACUGGAGCCUUGUGUGCCAUGAAAGAAGUUGAAAUUUUACCAGAUGAUCCAAAAUCUGCAGAGUGUGUAAGGCAGUUGGAACAGGAAAUUAAAGUACUCAGUCGUCUAAAGCAUCAGAAUAUUGUACAGUAUUAUGGUAGUGAAAUAGUUGGUGACAGGUUUUACAUAUACCUGGAAUAUGUCCAUCCUGGUUCAAUCAAUAAAUUUAUCCAUAACCAUUGUGGAGCAAUUACAGAAUCUGUUGUACGCAAUUUUACUCGUCAUAUUCUCUGUGGAUUGGCUUAUUUGCACAGUACAAAAACCAUACACAGGGACAUCAAAGGUGCUAAUUUGCUUGUUGAUGCAUAUGGAAUCGUCAAGGUCACUGACUUUGGAAUGGCAAAACACCUGACUGGAUACGCAUCUAAUCUUUCAUUAAAGGGGAGUCCAUAUUGGAUGGCUCCUGAGCUCUUGCAGUCUGAGAUGCAGGUAGACGCUAGUUCUGAUCUUGCUUUAGCAGUUGAUAUAUGGAGUCUAGGCUGUACUAUAAUCGAAAUGUUCAGUGGAAAGCCUCCUUGGAGCGAAUAUGAAGGGGUUGCAGCAUUAUUCAAGGUUCUUAAAGACACUCCACCUAUACCUGAAAUGCUGUCAGCUGAUGGCAAGGAUUUCUUGCAUCGUUGCUUUCACAGAAAGCCAGCCGACAGGCCAACAGCAAGAAUGUUACUUGAACAUCCAUUCGUGAAAUACUCACAUCAGCCGGAUGCUCUGUCCUGCAAUGAGGGCAAUACACAAUGCCAUAGGGACUAGCCGAGUUAUGAAUUUGAACAAGUGCCAGUGUCUUCCGACGCACAGAUCUUGAAGGGGAAACUAGCCAUCAACUUCAGCUUCAUGUUUGAUUCUCUCUCCAGUGAGAUUGGCCAACGAGGCCAUCACAAAAGGUUCAAUUUUGCAGAGGUCCCCCUUCAUUCUCCUAGCUCAACUCUUGAAGCCCUAUCCGGUUUAUCCCUGCUGCACUAGUGCCAUUGCCCUGAUUGUCCCAGUUGUCAUCCAAAUAUUUCUAGUUCCGUGAAACACAGUGCUAGUAAGAAAUGCAAACACAAGGGAACUGCCACUUGUUUUGUGGUGUGUUUUGUCCUCUAAGAGCUCAACUCAACGUGUUUCUCUAGAGAUCGACUCAUGAUCGUGUCUCAGGUUUCCU